AUGAUAUCGCGCUUGGCGUUUCUCCUGUCGGUUUUCCUUAUCAACGAGCUAUCCAUUAUCGGUGCAAAUCCAGAUAACUUCGAAAUAAAAAAUGUGGUAGUUAUGAAUAUUAAUCACCAACCAACGGCGAAUCAAGAUAAUCAAAUCCGUGAUCAAAAUGAAGAACUGAAAAACCAAAUCAAAAACAUUACUCAACUACUCAAAAAUACAGAUGAGAAAGUUAGUUUUAUGAGCACAAGUAUUGGUAAUUUGCAGAGAAAUUUAGAAAUAGCUAGGAAUGAAAUACAAAACAAAGAAACCCAGAUCAAUGAUAUAACUAAAAAACUUAGUAACCAAAUAUCGGAACUCAAAGAUGAUCUUUUCAAGUGCCAACCCAGAUCCAGUUGUCCCGUCGAAGGACCAAAUGGCAUUUACAAUAUUACAGUAGGAGAUAUACAUGCAUUCGAAGCUCCGUGCAAUUCAACGGGUUGGCUAACAAUACAAAAACGUUUCGACGGCUCCGAGAAUUUCGAUCGAACCUGGAAGGAUUACAAAGACGGCUUCGGCAAUAUAGAAGGAGAAUUUUUCAUCGGACUCGAGAGAUUGCACAUUAUGACUCAGGCACAACCACACGAACUGCGCAUUGAACUUGGCAUGGUAAAUGGAUCCACUAGCUAUGCCCAUUAUGAUGACUUCAAGAUUGGAAGUGAAGAAGAAUUGUAUGAACUCGAAUCGCUGGGGAUAUAUAAUGGUACAGCCGGUGACUCUCUCAAAGAUCAUAACGAGAAAAAGUUCACCACACAUGACAGGGAUAAUGAUGAAUCUAAACGGAAUUGCGCUACCAAGGAGUGGGGUGGUUGGUGGUACACGUCCUGUGCUCGGAGGUGA